AUGCACAAUGGCUAUAAGCUCAUGCAUCCUUUUGCGGAGGUGACAAACCUGGUCAGUCAAACCAAAGGCAACAUCAUCGACUCCAUCCCAUAUGCGAUUUUUCUGGAGUGUGCCCUGCGAAGAGUGCUGGAUCAGGCCGUAGAUGAGCAUGAAGAGGAAGAAUUGUGCUCACCAUCACCACCAGAAGCAGCCUUGUCAUUGUCGAUUGCUGGACCUGCGGCAACGCACACUGUCACCGGCCUCACAUCCCAGGGCCUGGGUAUCCGCCAUCUUCGCACUUCAGGCAUCCUGACCAAUGGAAAACUCUCCAUUUUCUGCAGGGUCUAUGACAGAGAAUACAGACAUCUCCUGGCUUUUAUAUUUGCUAUUGAUGAGAUAAACCGCAGUCCAGAUAUUCUGCCCAACAUAACUCUGGGAUAUCAUGUGUAUGAUUCUUGUGGACAUGUGAAUAAAGCUAUAAAAGACGUUCUACAGAUAUUGUCUGGACAUACAAAGGAAGCUCCAAAUUAUUCCUGUAUGGAGCGGGGUGCCCUGGCUGGUUUCAUUGGAGAUCUCAAUUCUGACACCACUCUCCAAAUGGCCCAGCUGCUGAAUCUAUAUGGUUACACCCAGAUUAGUUAUGGAGCCAGAGAUACUUUGCUGAGUGAUAGAAAGAUGUAUCCAAACUUUUUCCGGACAGUUCCGGAUGAUGAGAUGCAAUAUGUGGCCAUAGCAAAGUUACUGGAAAGGUUGAAGUGGAACUGGGUCGGGAUCCUUACAUCUGAUGAUGAAUACGGAGAGAGGGAGAUCCGACAUCUCAGCAAACAUUUAUCUGAUCAUGGAAUUUGUAUUGAAUUCAAGAUUCUGGUGUCUAAAGAGAAUUAUAAUAAAAUUCCUCCAGAGCUGCGGAGCUCAACCACGGAAGUUCUUAUUAUUUGUGGCUCAUUUAGUCUGAUUUAUUACAAGUUUUUGUAUCAUAAUGUCCCUUAUUACACGGAGAAAACAUUUAUUAUACCAGAUUCUUGGUCAAUGAGUGAAAUAUUUUUUUCUCUCAGUAACUGCAGCUUGGCGUUUACAUUCCUCCCUCUCUACAUAAAGGAAUUGCUGGAAUAUUUUUAUAGUAUUUAUCCAUCCAGUCGCCCAAAUGACCCCCUGAUGGAAGAUAUUCUCAUAUCUGAAUUUCAAUGCUUUUCAGAAAACCAAAUGAAAAAUUUCCUAAUUCCACACAUACAUAGACGUCCUCUUAGGAACUGCAGUUUGGGGAAAAUUCCACUUGAUUUAUAUUAUCCUGAUGAGAAAACAUCCUAUAGAGUGUAUAUCUCAGUCUACAUUUUGGCUCAAGCAUUACAUGACAUGGAUUUCUCUUUAAAAAUAAAUAACAAACAAUCUGAAAUAAAUCCACACACACUAAAGUAUAAGGUGAGAGCGUCCAAUGAAAGUUUACUUGUAUCUUUUUAUACUCGAGUUUUAAGUAAGCUGGUGGAUUGGUUAUUAUACUCAUCACUGUUUUUAAAAGGGCUGUCCCGCUAUGUAAAAGAAGUCCAGUACAAGGAUCAGAAUGGCGAGGUCAUGAUUUUUAAUGAUAAAGGAGAACUGCCAAGCCCAUUGGACAUUGUAAAUUGGAUUACAAGAAUUAAAGAUAUAAAUAUCACUGAGUGUAUGCUUGUGGGUCACUUUGAUGGGUCCCUUUCAGAGGGUCAGCAACUUACACUAGAACCAGAGCGAAUAUCAUGGAAAGGAGACAAGGUCUGUAUCAGGAUGCCACUGCUACUAUUACUGGAAUUACACCUUGUUAUACUUAUGCUGACGGGGCUGAUGCUGUUUGAUGCUCAGAUUUGUGUCAUCUCUACCGAACACUUGCAGCAAGCAGCCUAA